AAGACAAAGGUUCUCAAAGCCCCAUGAUUCAAAAAUUCUCUCUCUUUCUCUCAAAAACUGGACUUUGAGAGAGAGAGCUUCCUCUCUACUUAAUCCAUAGGAGGAAGACUUCUCAAAGUUUUUACAAAGACCCUAUUUGGGAGCUUCAAGAGAAAAGAAAGUAAAAGAGAAAAGAGAGUAUCGUACUAGUACUACAAAGUGAUUAGAGAGAAAGUGAGAGAGAGAGAAAGGGAAAAUUUUUCUUUUUUGUUUUUCUGAGGAGGAGAGGAGGAGAUGAAUAGAGGGGUGUUGCAGAGCUUGCCGGUGCAACAGAUGUUGACCGGAAGCCCUAACUGGUGGAAUAUCAAUCAUAUGAGGCCGCCAUCCCAACCAUCUUCACCUUUCUUGAUUCCUCCUUCAAAUCUCUUCCCUCAGUACACACCACCUUCAGCAGCACCACCACCACCACCAUCCUCUUCUUCUUCUUCUUUGCUUCCUUUGUCAUCAUCCUCUUGGCAUGACAACAACCAGGAGCUUCCAGAGUCAUGGAGCCAAUUCUUCUUGGGAGGAUUGGUGGGUGAAGAAGAUAAGUCUGGUUUGAGCCAUGUUCAAGGUAAAAAGUUGGAGAAUUGGGAAGCACAACUAUUGCAGCAGGCUUCAAAUGCUCCAUCUGUGGAAAUCAAGCAAGAGAAUUCUGCAGCAAACAGCUAUGUGUAUGGCCUUGGAAAUGGAGAAUACCAUGCAGCAAAACCUACUUGGUCUCAAAUCAUGCCUGCCUCUUCUCCAAAGUCUUGUGUUACAAGUUUAGGCAGCAACAUGUUGGAGUUUUCUAGCAACAAGCUAGAUGGGAGGCAUCCACCGCCAGAUCGUUCCUCAGAGUGUAACAGCACUGCCACUGGUGGGGUAAUAAAGAAAGCUAGGGUUCAACCUUCUUCAACCCAAUCUACCUUCAAGGUGAGGAAGGAGAAAUUAGGAGAUAGAAUAACAGCCCUUCACCAGCUAGUUUCCCCAUUUGGCAAGACUGACACAGCUUCUGUCUUAUUAGAAGCAAUUGGGUACAUUAGAUUCCUUCAGAAUCAAAUUGAGGCUCUCAGCUUGCCGUACUUGGGCAGUGGAUCAGGAAACAUGUGGCAGCACCAACAGUCGGUUCAAGGGGAGAGGAAUUGUUUAUUUCCUGAAGACCCUGGCCAGCUGUUGAACGACAACUGCAUGAAGAAAAAAGGAGCUGCUGAGCAGGAUUCUCAUGAAGAGUCAAAGGACUUAAGGAGUAGAGGGCUGUGUCUAGUUCCGAUAUCAUGCACAUUGCAAGUUGGGAGCGACAAUGGUGCGGAUUACUGGGCACCGGCUCUUGGAGGAGGCUUCCGAUAGGUCAAAUUUUGUCACAGCACACUGGAAUGGAGCUUCAAGAAAUGAUAUAACAUCAUGAGCAGUCACUCUGCUGAAAACAAAUUAAGGCUGAUUGCUCAUGAUGCUAUGCAAAAUUCUUGAUUGGGAUUUAUAAGUGUGUUGUAACAUAAUAUAUAUAUAUAUAUAUAGGGCUUGAAAGUCCUAACUAAGACUAUCUAAUUUCAGUUUUCAGUUCUUGAUGAUCUUUGUUCCUUUUUAUGGCUAGUACAAUGGUUUCAUGUGUAUGCCAUUCUAGUAUUAUUAAUCAUUUGAUGCUUCCUAGGCAUUGAUCUUUUUCUCAUCA